AUGAGCUCCUGUGUGGACGGGAAGAGGAAGAGGAAAGAGCAGGAAGCUGUUCCCAGCGCUGUCAGUCCUGCCCCCCACCACAUGUUCCCCACCUUCCACACGCCGAUCCCGAUCGACAUGCGCCACCACGAGGGACGCUACCACUACGAGCCGCACGCUCUGCACGCCAUGCACGGCCCGGUGGGUUUGACCGGCAGCCCCGUCAUCUCCGACAUCUCCCUCAUCCGCCUCUCGCCCGGCGCCGUGGCGACCGGCGACUCCCCGUUCAGCCCGCCCCACCCGUACGUCAACCCCCACAUGGAGCACUACCUGCGCUCCGUGCACGGCAGCCCCACGCUGUCCAUGAUCGCCGCCGCCAGAGGACUCAGCCCGGCCGACCUGGCCCACGAGCAUCUGAAGGAGCGCGGGCUGUUCGGCCUCCCCCCUCCUCCUCCGGGGGCCAGCCCGGCAGAGUACUACCACCUGAUGGCGAGCCACCGCAGCCCCUACAGCGAGCUGCUCAUGCACGGGGCCGGGGCCGCGGCGGGGGCCCACCUGUCCGACUACAUCACCCCCAUCGACGUGUCCCGGUUCUCCAGCCCCAGACUGACGCCCCGGCUGAGCAGGAAGAGAGCUCUGUCCAUCUCGCCGCUGUCAGACGCCAGCAUCGACCUGCAGACGAUGAUCCGCACCUCGCCCAACUCCCUGGUGGCGUACAUCAACAACUCUCGCUCCAGCUCGGCGGCCAGCAGCUCGUACGGUCACCUGUCGGUGGGAGGACUCAGUCCGUCCUUCCCCUUCCCUCAUCCCAUCAACCCCAUGGCCUACCAGCACCUCCUCUCCCAGCAGCGAGGCCUCAGCGCCUUCGGACACACUCCGCCCCUCAUCCAGCCGCCGCCCGCCUUCUCCAGCCGCCAGCCGGGCCUGGGCCUGUCCUCGCUGUCGGCGUCCGUCCACCACAACGACCUGAUGUCAAAGAACCACGGCAGUGACUCGGCCGUCAGCAGCACGGUCGACCCCAUGGUCACCAAGAGGUCAAAGGUCAAGAGCGAGGCAGAGGGACUGAGGCCUUUGUCCCCGUGUUCCCCGAACCAGCACGGCAGCUCGUUGGACCUGAAGGACGACGCGGACCGAGACGACUGCAAACAGGAGCCAGAGGCCGUUUACGAGACCAACUGCCACUGGGAGGGCUGCAGCAAGGAGUUCGACACGCAGGAGCAGCUGGUGCACCACAUCAAUAACGACCACAUCCACGGAGAGAAGAAGGAGUUCGUGUGCCGCUGGGACGAGUGUUCUCGGGAGCAGAAGCCCUUCAAAGCCCAGUACAUGCUGGUGGUUCACAUGCGCCGACACACGGGGGAGAAACCACACAAGUGCACGUUCGAGGGCUGCUGCAAGGCCUACUCCCGUCUGGAGAACCUCAAAACACACCUCCGCUCGCACACCGGCGAGAAGCCGUACGUCUGCGAGCACGAGGGAUGCAACAAGGCUUUCUCCAACGCCUCGGACCGAGCCAAGCACCAGAACCGGACGCACUCCAACGAGAAACCCUACGUCUGCAAGAUCCCGGGCUGCACCAAGCGAUACACCGACCCCAGCUCCCUCAGGAAGCACGUGAAGACGGUCCACGGGCCCGAGGCGCACGUCACCAAGAAGCAGCGCAGCGACGUGCCGCCCAGGCCGCCGGCGCCCAGGGAGAACGGCGAGAACGAGACGGGGCCCAGGAUCCAGAGAGAGGACGCGAUGUCGGACAACGGCUCCCCCAGAGGCAUGGACGACUACCUGCACGUGAAAUCCAUCAAGACGGAGAACUCGGUGGUGUAUCAGUCCAGCCCUGGCGGUCAGUCAUCAUGUAGCAGCGAACCAUCACCACUUGGCAGCGCCACCAACAAUGACAGUGGAGUAGAAAUGGCGGCGCACAGCGGGGGAAGCCUGGGGGACCUCAGCACCCUGGACGAGCUGCCCUUCGUGGAGUCCUUGGGAUUUGAGGAUUCCUCCGGCGGAGUCGCGGCGGUCGGCCUCCACUUCCGGAAGCAGCUCGGCACCAGUCAGCUCCUGGAGCAUCUGAAGAAGGAGAAGCUGAAGACAGUGAGGGACUCGUGUCGCUGGGCCAACAACCCAGCCCCCCCGGUCCUCGGCACCAAGCUCCCACCCAUACCAGCAAGCGGGUUCCUCCUGGAGAGUCCAAGUAUGGGUGGUGGUCCGAUGUCCUUCCCUGGUUCAGGCUUGAGUAAGCUGAGCUCUGGAAAACCAACGCUACAGGAAAACCUGUCCGAGCGCCGGGACAGCACCUGCAGCACCCUGAGCUCAGUUUACACCCUCAGCCGCCGCUCCUCGGGCAUCUCCCCCUGCUACUCCAGCCGCCGCUCCAGCCAAACCUCACAGUUCAGUGCCAACCGCCCCAGCAACCUCAGCUCAGCUGACUCCUACGACCCCAUCUCUGCCGACCUCUCGCGGCGCUCCAGUCAGACGAGCCAUUGUGGGGGAAGCAGCGGAGGAGCAGGCGUGUACAGAGGGGUGGGGCUAGCCAGCCCCCUCAGCCUGACCCCAGCCCAGCACUACCACCUCAAGGCACAAUAUGCAGCUGCCACUGGGGGUGCACCACCUACCCCUCUUCCAUACUUGGACCAGAUGUGUCUGAAGACCCACACAGCUCUUUACGGGGACCCCCAGGAACGCCCCACCCCUAAAGGCCUCCCCUACAGGCAGUACAGCAGCUACAACACGAGGAGCUUGAUGCCCCACGAGGCUCCGUCUCACAUCCCCCGCCGAGCCAGUGACCCUGUGAGACGAGUGACCACAGACCAGCCUCAGCUGCAGCGCUACAACAGCAUAGGGGCCCUGAACAGGGGAAUGACCGUGCAGCCAUGUCCACCUCCUGCAGCAGAUCGCCACCGUUCAGCCCAGCACGGCUGCUGGAGGUCCGAUGGUCACCAGCGCUACUCGUACAGCCAUCGACCGCCCAGCAUUUCUGAGAACGUCACCAUGGAGACGGGCGAGGAGGACCUGACGCUGCCUGACUUCAACACCGAUGGAGAUACAAACUGCAGAGCGUCGGCCAAUCCACAGCAUUUCCAAGGAAACCUCCCGCAGCAGUCGUACUACCAGAGAAGAAUGGCCGUCGUGAGUCCAGGGCAGCAACCACAGAAGUGUUCAUCAUCACCGAGGGACAACAGGGACAACCUCCCGGUCUCUGGCCAGGUCCGAGGGAACCUGGCCGUCCUCCAGCAAAGCCACAACUUUGGAUCCCUGUACAACCAUCUGAGCUCCAACCAGCAGACGAACACUGAACCAGGAGCAAACUGCUUCCGGCAGCAGAGACUCCAGAUGUCGUCCAAUCUGAACGAAGCCAUUAUCGCUCAGCGUAGAUUCAGCGGAGGGGUCGGUCCCUAUGACAACAACGGGAACGCCCCCUACCCGAGGUGCAGUAACACGGCAGGAGCAGACGGGGGCUCCACCUGCAAACAGGAGCCGGAUGACGAGGAGCCGGUCGACAUGCAUUUCGCUGACGCCGGAUUUCAGCCUGUGAGAGUUAAGAUUGAGGACUGUGACGGACCUUUCCUGAUUUCAGAUCAGCAGAACUGUAACAGGACUUCCCAGAAUCCCUUGCACACUGUGAACCAGAGCUACGUUCGGCCGAGGCCACCAACAGAACCCAGACCUCUACACAGGCACCAUUCAGGGCCCAAGUUGAUGCAGCACACAAGGAACCAGAGCAACCCAGAGGUGGUUUCCAGAUUAUUCUCUGAUGACAACGCUUUGUACUACACGGGACAGAUUCAAGUGUUUGAGUCCAACAGGAAUUGUGACCUUCAGGUUUCUCCUGUGGUGAACGUGCCUCCUUUUGAAAACGAUGCAGCAUCUCCCGGUUCCGGUGGAAGCCCGGCGUCCAGGACUCUGGAGUGUGACGCAGCCCUGGAGCAGACGCAGAUAGACUUUGAUUGCAUGCUGGACGACGGGGAUCACUCCAGCGUCAUGUCGGGAACUCUGAGUCCGGGUUUGCUCCAGAAUCUGUCCCGGAGUUCCUCUCGCCUGACGACGCCCAGGAACUCGGUGACGCUGCCCUCGGUGCCGACGGGGACGGGGAACAUGGCCAUCGGGGACAUGAGCUCGCUGCUGACUGCUCUUGCCGAGGAGAACAAGUUCCUGAACUUGAUGCCGUAGAAACGUCCUCUGUCCACGUGCACAACCACCACAGACUAAAAGUGACUCUGUGCCAAAAAGACUUGUACAGUCUCAUUUAUUUAAAAUGGCCGUUUUCUAUCUUUUUAAAAAGCCAUAUUUGUUUCUUUGCCUUAGGUAGAAAACAUGUGAACAACAGGAUGCAGUUGGUUUACUAAGUGCCUGGCUCAGCCAAAAGCUUACGACUACAUUUAAAAUGUGUAAAUGUCCCCAGGUCUGAAAUCCACAUGAAACUUGUUUUACACUGUAAAUGACUUCAGCUUUAUUUGUCUCAUCCCAGCUUCUCUCCUCCUCCUUCAGCUCAUGGUUUCAGGUUUAGUCCCUGUCCUCUGAGACGUAGUUUGACUCUCAUGGUUUCAGGUCUACAGUCCCUGUCCUCUGAGACGUUGUUUGACUCUCAUGGUUCCAGGUCUACAGUCCCUGUCCUCUGAGACGUUGUUUGACUCUCAUGGUUCCAGGUCUACAGUCCCUGUCCUCUGAGACGUAGUUUGACUCUCAUGGUUCCAGGUCUACAGUCCCUGUCCUCUGAGACGUUGUUUGACUCUCAUGGUUCCAGGUCUACAGUCCCUGUCCUCGAUUGACUGGGACAUGUCGGCGUCAGAGACUCGAUCGUCAGUGUUCCACAGCGAGAGGAGCACCGAGCAUCCGGGGGGAGAAUCCAAACUUUUCCUUUUGUACAUUG